AUGUCUGGAGGGUCACAUCACCACCCUCCCGCCAUGCCUUCCAACUCCAUCUCGAUAGCCGGCGCAUCCCAAGAACAACAUACACCUGGAAGUUAUGCGCCGUCAUCCAUCAACGCAUCGUCAGAUAUGGGCUCCGUCAUGACAGAAGACGAGGAAGAUCUUGAAGAUUACGGCAAGGGAGGCUACCACCCCGUUCACGUAGGCGACACUUUCUCCGACGGACGAUAUCUCAUCGUCCGCAAGCUUGGCUGGGGUCAUUUCUCCACCGUCUGGCUCGCAAAAGACAACAAGAUGAAGAGGCACGUUGCCUUGAAGGUCGUCAAAUCCGCACCACACUACACAGAGACCGCAUUAGACGAGAUCAAGUUGCUCCAGCGACUCGUUUCCACCAACCCUAAUCACCCGGGAAGGCGGCAUUGCGUUUCGCUCCUCGAUCAUUUCCGACACAAAGGCCCCAACGGCUCGCACGUAUGCAUGGUCUUUGAGGUGCUCGGCGAGAACUUGCUUGGUCUUAUCAAGCGCUAUCAACAUCGAGGUGUGCCUCUACACAUUGUCAAGCAGAUUGCCAAACAGGUCUUGCUCGGUCUCGACUACAUGCACCAGGAGUGCGGUAUCAUUCACACCGAUCUCAAGCCCGAAAACGUGCUCAUUUGCAUCGAUGAUGUCGAGGCGGUCGUUGAAGCCGAGUUGCGGUCCAACCCUGCUGCAGUACCCACAAAGCUCGUUGGCGUUCCACCAAGUCAAGGCCGAGGAGGUACGCAAACACCAAAACGAGACGGUAUCUUCAUCACUGGUUCGCAGCCAUUGCCAAGUCCAAGUAGCAGUCUCAGCUCGAGUCCCAUGUUCGACAAGUGGGCAUUUGGCAUGUCCAAGAUUGACAAACCAAGUGUGAGCGACAGCGAGAACGGGUUCCGAGGUGGUGCAAGCAGCGAGGCAGCCGGCUCGAAAGGUGCUUCCUUGGCGACUAGCAGCAGGGAUCCGGAGAGGUCAACAGAGAUGCUUGGUCAAGGUAUUUCGCAGCUCAGCACACAAGGGUCCAGCAGCUUGCCUGCUGACUCGUUCGGUAGCAGGAUGACAACAGGUGCACCUCAGCAGAAGGGUCCCUCGUUGCUCUCUCUCGGUGCUCCACGUGUCCCGCAAGCAUCCGAAUCUUCAGCAGCAGCAGCAUCAAACUCGACCGCACAACCUCCUGCGGAAGCAGCAGCGGCAGAGCCUCAAGACUCGCCUUCCCCCAUGUCGGUCGACUCGCCGAAUUCCACCAAUCACGCAGAACCAACGCCGAUGGACGAGAGCACGCAUCAACCCGCACCAGCAGCUGGCGAUCCCAACAUGCUCCCACCUCCACCACCGUACGAUCCUAGCUCACUUGAACGAAUCACAGUCAAGAUUGCCGACCUGGGUAACGCAUGUUGGGUUGACCACCAUUUCACCAACGACAUUCAGACACGGCAGUAUCGAUGUCCUGAGGUUAUCUUGGGUGCCAAAUGGGGUCCAAGUGCCGAUAUGUGGUCUGUCAGUUGCAUGUUCUUUGAGCUGCUCACGGGAGAUUACCUCUUCGACCCUGCCGCAGGCACCAAGUACAACAAGGACGACGAUCACGUAGCUCAAAUCAUCGAGCUGUUGGGCGACUUCCCAAAGAGUCUUGCUUUUGCAGGCAAGUACAGUGCCGACAUGUUCAAUCGACGAGGAGAGCUACGUCACAUUCACAAGCUUCGGUUCUGGCCGUUGAUCUCGGUGCUUCAGGAGAAGUAUCUGAUGCCGUAUGCUGAGGCAAAUGAGCUUUCCUCGUUCCUGUUGCCGAUGCUGCGGUUGCAUCCCGAGAAACGAGCUGGUGCGAGGGAGCUAUUGGAUCACCCAUGGAUCGAAGGAAUUGUGGUGCAGGGAGAGAUCGAGCAAGCGAUGCGACAAGCAGGGAUUGACGUCGAUGCGCUAACAGCUGGGACGAGUCCAGGUGGGAGGGCAUUGCCUCCUGGUUUGACGCCUAGUGAAGCGGAUGCAUUGAAGCCUGUCGGUUCGGUUUCCAGCAGCCCAGCACCGAUGUCGCUUGGCAUGCAAGGAUUGGAAGUUGCAAAGAGACGAGCGGCACAACAUCAGGAAGAGGCAGCUGCGGCGUCUGGUCAGACUAGUGCUACUUCUUCCGCUCUUCCCACGCCGAAUAUCGGUGGAGGACCAGUGCAGGCUUUGCAGGCUGAAGCGCUAGAGAAAUCAAGUUCGAGCGAUGGAGCUAAUGAGUCUCACAUGACAGUUAAGGGGUUAGCUCAGGAAGUUUCCACUCCGAAGUUGAACACUCAGCAGCAAGGACAGCAGGGAGGGGGUAAUGGUGGAUCGAGUAACAGAGAACCAGGUUCUCCUUCUCCUCAGGGGUUGCCUCGUCCUGUUGCAACCAUAGUGUAG